GGUGUGUAAACACCACGGAACAGAGCCGGGGGAGAGGAGCUGCUGCAGGACGGCACACAUUUCCUCCAUUUAUUGAAUAAGCGUGAAUGGGAAAGCCUCUAUAACCGCGCCGCCGCUGACUCUGUAGCACAGCGGGGUGAAGUCCGGAAGAAAAGCGGGUCGGUACAUUGUGCGGAGGACGGAGGCGGCUGGUCAGCGGCUGUCGGAGGACCAUGGCGGCGGUGACUGUAGCGGAGGCUGAUCCGGCAGCGAGCGAAGGCGGCUCCGGCUUCACCGGCGUCCACAACCGGGACUGGGACGAGUCUCAGCUCCGGAAAUAUUCCUUCCACACGCAGCCCAUCCCCAGGCUGUCUCACACCGACCCCCGGGCAGAGAUGCUCAUCAGCAACGAGGAACCAGUGGUUUUAACAGAUACAAACCUUGUGUAUCCAGCUCUUAAAUGGGACAUUGCAUACCUCCAGGAGAACAUUGGGAAUGGAGACUUCUCUGUUUACACCGCAGAAAACCAUAAAUUCCUCUACUACGAUGAGAAAAAAAUGGCUAAUUUUGAGAACUUUAUCCCCAAGUCACAACGAAUGGAAAUGAAAUUCCCUGAAUUUGUGGAUAAAAUGCAUAUAACGGAGCAAAUGGGAGGAGAGGAGAGGGUAUAUCUGCAGCAGACCCUGAAUGACACAGUAGGGAAGAAGAUUGUUGUUGACUUUCUUGGUUUCAACUGGAACUGGAUCAACAAGCAGCAAGCAAAGAGAAACUGGGGACAACUGACAUCCAACCUGCUGCUGAUAGGCAUGGAGGGCAAUGUGACACCAGCACAUUACGACGAGCAGCAGAACUUCUUUGCACAGAUUAAAGGCAAUAAGAGAUGCAUUCUCUUUCCUCCAGACCAGUUUGAGUGUCUCUAUCCAUAUCCCGUGCACCACCCCUGUGACAGACAGAGCCAAGUUGAUUUUGAUCAUCCUGAUUGUGAGAAGUUUCCCAAUUUUAAAAAUGUUGUUGGUUAUGAGGCUGUUGUGGGCCCAGGAGAUGUGCUCUACAUCCCGAUGUAUUGGUGGCAUCACAUUGAAUCACUGUUAAACGGUGGUGUGACGAUCACUGUAAACUUCUGGUACAAGGGUGCCUCCACACCAAGGAAGAUAGAGUACCCUCUGCGAGCUCACCAGAAGGUGGCCAUCAUGAGAAAUAUUGAGAAAAUGCUGGGAGAAGCACUUGGAGACCCACAUGAGGUUGGACCUUUACUGAACACCAUGAUGAAGGGGCGAUAUGACCAGGAUCUCAAGUUAGAGCCCGACUCUUAAAAACUGUUUACUAGACUGCUUUAGAAACGGUUUGCCGCGUGAAAGUGAGACUGCUGCGUGCGUAAUGCACCUUUCUGAUGUCGGAGCUACGCAUCACUGCACGCAAUGAGCGGCCAUUUUGAAACCAUUCUUCUUAAGUUGUCUCCAAGUGCCAUGGUCAUUGCAAAUGCAUCAAUCAGAGAAGAACUCAUGGGAAUCCGCCCUGCUUGAAGAAGUUUUAUUUUUUUCUUUUGUCUUUGAGAAGGAGGCCUGAUUUGGCUUUAGUCCAGAUGUAUUUAUGUGAAUUAGUGUUCUAUCAACAUAAGCUUAUUGGUAUUUGGGUGCAUUUGCUCACCCUGUAGAAAUUGUCUGAGAUCGGUACCUUUGAAAUAACUACAACAUUUUGACCACUAAUGGAUGAGUUAAAGGGUAUUAUGUACACAGAACACAUCAGUUAAAUACAGAACAUUUCUUAUACACAUUUAAUAACUUAGCUGUGGGUUGAAGUGUGGAGUGAUCAUAUUGUAUUCUCCGUCUUCAUCACAAAGACAGCUUUAAAACGGACGUGGUUCAUACCUUUAAAGAUGACAGGUCUUUUAAGUGUUUUUUAAAUAUUUAUCCACAUAAUCUGCAGCAUCUCCACACCUGCCUAUAUGGACUUUGGGGAGUGAUCAGCAAGAAUUUACUGUUGCAAAGAGGACAGUAUAGGCACGGCAAUUAAAAACACAGAAGUACAGUGAUUAAAAACUGCAAUUAAAUAUGAUAAAAAUUAUGUGUGACGCUCAUAUAAACAGCAAAAGGAAAAUGUGACUGCUUGCAGCUAAAUCGUUUUAACUGAGUGAUGCUGCUUUGUGUUUAUUUAUGCUCUUGCUUGUUUGAUUUUUUUGACUUUACUGAAUGUGCUAUUCUGCUUACCAGUAAUAGGCUGCAAUCUUAGUUGCAAAUACAGUUAACUUAAAGAAAUAAAACAAAAUAAAGUAAGUCACUGUUUUGGGAAACUGAAAAGAGAAAUAACUGUUGACGUUCCUUGACAGUUAAAACUGUGAAAGGCUUAAAUGAUAGAUUUAUGUUAAAUCAAUGGAAUGAAGUAGCAGGGCCAUCUGCUGGGAAGACACGUGUACCAGCCAUUGCAACACAAUGUACCAUCUAGUGGUCAGGUCGUACUCAAAAUACCACUAUUAAAUAUGCUGUAUUAAAUGUGGCAGAUCUGAGAUGAAAUCCCAGAUGGAAACCUGUACUUGCUCUUUUGAUUAAAAUCCUCAUAAAUGCACUUAUUUUCACUUACAGCAGCCAUAUUUUGAAGACCUUACAGCGUCUCUGUGCAAGUUUGAAGUCCUUUCAGAACAGUUGUAAAAAUGUACAUUAAACAAAAGGGGAGGAUUUGACAUGUUUUGCUGUAUGUGCCAAACCACCAUACAAACCAGUUGGAGGGUAUCUCCAUAUUCAGACAGCUUUGUUUGCAUGUGUCAAUGGAUGAAUUGGUUAGUGGUAAAGGAAUAUCCAAGCACUUAAUUCACCUGGAAUAUACAGGUCUUCAGGGUUUGUUACGGUUAUUGUCGAACAUUUAAAUUGUUGAUAUCUUGCAUACCUUUUUCUUUCAAAUUGCACCAUGAUGGAACAAAGAUAAUUCAUUGUAGAAAUACUUUACCUGAUUCAAGACUGUUGUUUCAUCCCUCUUCUAUUGCUAGGUUAACUCUGUUUACCGCACGUUUGUGCCUCGCUUAACAAUGGCAUGGCACUAAAUGCUGCCUUGAUUUUUUUAUUUUUUAUUUUAUGGUCAAAAUGUUUGUUUUCACUCUGGCCUUAAACAGCUUUAAAGGUGGGAUUGACAAGGGUUCAUAGAAAUAGAGGCAUGUUUUUAUUGAUGGAUGCCUUUUUUUUGUUUGGAACAUACAGUGUGUGCUCUCCUUGAUCCUCUGAUUAAAGUUUGCAAAGU